AUGUCUUAUUUAAUUACCGAGGCUUAAAUACCAAUUCUAGAAUCUCUUGAUUAGAAUGCAGCUAAAAAAUUAAAAGAGAUGUGUAAAGACAUAGAAGGCUUAAUGAUGAACACUAAUUCUAGAAUUUCUACACUAUUAUAAAAUUAGCAAACAAGCUUUUUUAAGGCAUUUAAAAUAGUUGUAGAAGAAAUAUCAUCUGAUUUUAGAAAUCUAUAAUAGAAAUUUGAAGAAUACAUCGCAUACCAUGAAAAUGAAACUGAAGUAUGUAAUUCUUUUUUUAAAUACUAGGUAGUAAAUGCUUAAAAUAAAUUAGUCUUUUUUAGAAAUGAAUGUUAAGUUCUCAACAAAUUAUGUACAGAAUUGAAAUAUGAAAAUUAACAAUUAAAAGUUAAGAUAAAAGAGCUUGAUUAGGUAUUCAAAUAAAUAAAUUGAAAGGAAAUUAAUAAUUAGAAAUUGAUACUAUUAAAAUAAGCUACCAAAAAUUCUUAAUUACAUGAACUAAUCUCUUUCUUUUAAUAAAAAUUAUAAGCAUAAAAUCCAUAAUAAAAACAAAGUCAAAUUGAUUCAGUAAAAUAUCACACAUUAAUGAAUACAGACACAAAAUUAAGGGUUCCAUAAUUAAAAUUAUAGAAUCGUUAUCAUACAGACAUAUAAGAAAAUGAUUAUAAUAGUAUAAUAACAAACAGUUAGAAAAAUUAAACAAUCAAUAUUUGUAAAAUUUAGAAACAUAAACGUAAUUUAACCCUUUUGAAUAAAACAAGUGAUGAGAUAUUAGAUAAUUCAAAAGCAAAAUUUAAAUUUAAUUAAUAAGGUAUCAAUUAAUAUUUUAAGUAGACCAAAUGAAUGAGAGAUCUUAAAAAUCAAGAGCAAAAUCCCAAUAGUAAACUUUAAAAUUUCAUUAAAACAGUGAAACAACAUAAAAGACAUAAGAAAUUUCUUAAUCUCUAAUAAAAAAUAUUAGAGUCAACACUUCAUAUUAUUAAACUAAUCUAGGAGAUUCCUCUUGA